UCACCAUUCAAAACCUGAACCAUUUUGGCCCAAAUUUACAAUUCAGGUCCAUAAGUUUGUAGCUGAACCGAUCUUAUUCGCAAUAUGAGGCUGACCAACGUUUGUGCCAUGUUCCUUUGGUGCCUCUUUGGUGUCAAUGCGGUGCCAUCGGGCUGUGGGCAUUGCAUGGAGCAGGAGGAGAACGGGCUCGUGCAGUUGGUGAACCUCCAGCCGAACGUGCAGUCGUCCCACUACCAUCCCCGCCGCGCUCGGAGAUUCCGCCGCUUCCGCCGCUACGGUGCGAAAACCACCAGCACCACCAGCACCACAAGCACCAGCAGCAGCAGCAGCGGCAGCAGCAGCAGCACCACCACCACCACCAGGGUGGUGUGUGGAGAAAUUCCUCUCAUUCAAAAUGAAAUUGUGUUGAGCACGCCCCAAAAUUUCGUCGUAAUCAGUCCAGCUCCAGACGCACUCGCCGGAAAGGAUGAAUGCCAAUGUGUAGGCGGCAUUUUCAGCGGUUUCCCAAGUGGCUCCUUGAGUGUGGUGCUGACACUCACUGCGAAUUUUACCGCUGCUGCUUAUACAAUAUCCAUCACCAGUAUAGAUGGCACCACAGAAGUCACAGUGCCAGCAGUUCAAAGCGGAAAUCAACUCUUUGCAGAGACCCUGGCAUUCAACGGGUUCAUUGCGCUUGGCGGCUGGGAUAUCAAGCUGCUCGAUGCUAGCGGCAACCCUUCCAUCCAAAACAUUUCCAGAGGGAAGCUCGAGUUUGGACUUCAAGCAUGCAACUGAGCUCUCGAGGCUGUUGGGAAAAACAGGAUUGUGUGUUUUUCAGUUGUUUCUUUGCUCUUGAAGAGGUGGAUCAAGCAGAGCUGUUUGGAAAACCACAGCUCCAAUUCCAUCAUCUUGGCUAUCAUAAGAAUACACAAGAUAGGAUAUACCAGUAGUACCGCACAAGGCGGUGGCGGAAGUUUCAAAAAUAGGAAACCUAUAGGAGAGGUUGGUUGUUGAUCAUCUGUGUGUCGUUCGGUGUCAGGAGGCGAUCGCCUCAAGGCUGCCAGGCUCCGGGCUUGGCUUCGUCCCGCCCAUUUUGCGACGUGUUGACAUCAAUUCACCACAGAACAGAAGUGGAUUUCGGAAAGUGUUGUGCUUUGGAUCUUUUCGUUCUGGCAGAACUCUGUAUAGCAUCCAGAAAUCCCAGUCUUUUUUUCAGGGAUAGGUUUUGACCCAUACCCAGUUGUGUUGGGUUCUUUGAUCGGAUACCGGAGCGUACGAUACUUCUGGGUUGUCACAACUACAGGAGCAACACGAGCAAGAACAAAAACAAAUACAACAAACGAACAUAGUCAGGAAAACAUCCAUGAUGCGGGUUUCAACCGCAUUUAUUUCAGAUUGUGGAAGGCGUGUCUGGUGAGUUGAGUGCACACUUUGCAUCAAAAAAGUAUCAUCUUUCCGCAUUUGUUGCAUCACUCCAUCAGCCAUCCAGCCGAAGAUUGAGUUUUGGAAUGAUCUCACGGUCAUUGGUGAAGGGUACCUAGCAACUCUACAAGAUUAGCGUGUGUGACCUAUACUGCAAUCAUUGGGAAUUUCCCAAGGGGUGUCAUCCAGUUGAUGAUACUUUGGCAAGUCUAGACUGGUGGUAUUGCUCAAACAAAUGUUUUGCCCGAAUUUUGUUUGCUACAGGUGGAUUCCAUCCAAAUUGUUGAAUAUCGGCUGGAGUCUUGUCCAUUCCGGCAGGAAUGAUCAUGUGCUCGUUGUUGAGCACAACUAUGGCGGGCAAGG